GGUGGAUGUAAGGAUGUGUUCUGAAACAGGAAUAAGUGUUAUAACCCAUGCUGAAUGCCGAAGACAGCUUGAUCUAAAUAAGACAGAGGAAAACAGUAAUUUUCCGCAACAGACAAGAACUGACAAUUUGGGAAAAGAAGGACAUAAAACUAACUGAAAACUGUAAAACCAAUUAUUUGAAACUACCCAGCGUUUGUGCCAAUGUUGAAAGGAUUUUGGAAUUUCGGGCAAAUUGUUUGCUUCCGAAAAGGUUUUGAAUAAACCAAUCAGGAAUAGGCGCAUUCAAACGGGACUUAUUCAAAGUUUAUUGUCAAUUACUUACUGUGCUUGGAUUACUCUGACUGUGUUCCUAAUCGUAAAACGGCAUUGUAAAGAUACUUAACCAUACUAUUGGUUUCGAAUAUUGCAACAUUAUUGCACGGUAUACGUGACUGGAUUAGUUUCAGUUUAAUACGUUAUGAAAGAGUAUUCUUGAAAGCCGAAUCUGAAUUGAAAUUGGCAAAUUAUACUUAAAAUAUCUUAACACUAUCAAAUUGAACAUUUAAAGUGUACAUGCUGUAAAUUCUUUUAAUUUAUGUUCAAUCCGAGAUGUGAGCUAUGUACUUGAUCACAUUGGCCAUUGCGGACUCUAAUGAAAUGUUUUAACAAGCCAGAUCUUAAUUGAUUGCACAUGCUAUUUUGAGAGAAAUUCUGACUUGGAUAUAUAUUUAAUCCCUUUCAUUUGGUAAGUCAUAAACUAGCGUUAAAACAAACAUAACAUAACUGACUUAGUUUCCGAUGAUUCGAUAAAAUGCACAAAUGCUGUACUUUAAGAUCGCUGCAAAAUGCUCAAAUUUUAUAUUUCUAAAUGAACAUGAACAUUGAGCUUUGUAUUCGGAUUACUAUAUUAUUCCACAUCAGUGAAUCAUUUCUUGGAAAUAGACGAGACAAAAAUCAUGCAUUUUUAAUGUAUAAGUAGACAAGGUGACAUAAAUAAUCCAGUUUAAUAGACGAUCAUUUACAAAAUAUACUGAAGUUUGUGUCAAAAUUGGUAUAAAAGCCAGUAAUUGGUGAGAUAUCUGUCAUCAAGAUGAACGAGGGGGAUAUUAACAAGAUAGUGAACGUAUCGGGCGACAAAUAUCAGAUUACACCUGGACUUGGUGACGGAAUCUUGAACGGGACGGAUUGUUUUGAAUGGUGGUGCGUUGAACACGCCACUCUGAUUGUCCUGGAAGCCGUGGCCAUCAUUCUGUGUCUAGUGGGCAGCUUUGGAAAUUUAGUAACUGUGCUUGCCAUAUUAUUCUCAAGCCUCCGAUACAGCGUUAACUGUAUUUUGAUAGGCAGUCUCAGCUUUGCUGGAUUUUUGUACUGCUCGCUAAUCAUGUCGAUGCAAGCAGUGAUUUUUCAUAGGAAAUCACACAAAAUACCGCACGACUUCUGCUCGGCAGCAGGAGGAAUUCGUUAUACCCUGACUGGAGUGAUAAUGGCACACUUAGCUGCCAUUGCAUUGUACAGGUUUCUGAAUGUCGUUUAUAUAAACAAGUACAGAUAUAUGUCAGACAACCGACAACUCGUCAUUUCUCUUAUAGUUUGUUGGGUGUUGCCCUUGGUUUUCACCAUUCCUCCUUCCUUUCGGGUGUGGGGUGCAUUCCGAUUUCAGUCCCAGAUUCUCUCGUGUACGUUUGACAAAAGUGCUGACCAAAGCAACAGAGUUGCCAUGGUAACCGCUGGUUUUAUUGUUCCUUGUCUUUUUAUCAUAUACUGCUACGCCCGGAUCGGUUGUACCGCUUACAGAAGCUUUAAACGUGUUAGUCGAUGGAUGGGCAACUCUCCCCAGUCAAAGGCAAUACGAAUUUCAACAAUGAUGAUGUGUAUAUUUUUAAUAUUUUUCCUCGGUACCUUUCCGUACUUUGUUUUAAACGUGACGGACAAAGGUUUCAAACAUCCUAUUCACCACAUUUGGACAACUAUGUUUGCUUGGGUGUUGUACUGUUGUAACCCUGUAGUGUACACUUUGAUGGACAAUAACUUCAGGACAGCGUACAAGAAGAUAUUGAUGGGUGAUUGUGAAAAGAAUCCUGUUAGGAGAGCUGGAAGUACAAUUGCACGUGCAGCUUCUGUUUAGAUAUGAAAUAUUACAUCCAUUUGAAUGUCAUAUUUUCAAACUGGGAAAGUAUGUUGUUUCAAGUCCAUACUAAAUCAGUUUGAGAUUCUCCAUGCCUUAAAAAGGUGAAAUAUUGAAGUUUACACUCUAUACCUUCGUUUACCAAUUUGUAUACAUGUUUCAAGUUCCGAAAGAGAUUGUGCACUAAUUUUACCUCCAUUGAAAAAAUGUAUAUCUGUGUGUAUAAUAAGUGAUUGAGUGUGCAAAAUGUGGAACCUCGUGGAGGGAAAGUCGAGUAACCUAAAUGACAUAAUUUCCUUAGAAAAAAUGUGUCGAUGAAAGAAAACAAAUCUGUAUGAUCAAAGAUAAGUUUGUUUUCCCAAUAUGAAAAUGCAUUUGAUGAUAUUUAGAUAAAGCGUUAAUAUGUAUACUUUCUUGCUUUAAUUCAUGAAUUAUACAUAUUAUGAAAGCUUUUCAAUAUGUUUAAAACUUUGCCAUAAAACUCA